UUAUCAUUGACUCGAACUUUCGAGGACAGGUGGCAUUAACAGUGUACUCGCCACGCUUGCGUAAAAGCGUCUCUUUUCGGCGUAUGCCGUUUCCUUUUCCGUUCGGAUUCUGAUACAGAAUCAAAAUGGUACAGCGACUAACCUAUCGACGACGCUUGUCGUACAACACAAAAAGCAACAGAAGGCGUGUCGUACGCACGCCAGGUGGCAAAUUAGUCUAUCAAUACCUGAAGAAACCUAAGAAGAUCCCCAGAUGUGGGCAAUGCAAAGAUAAGCUUAGAGGUAUUCAGCCUGCAAGACCUAUGGAGCGUUCACGUAUGUGUAGACGCAAAAAGACUGUCAAACGUGUCUACGGUGGAGUGCUUUGCCAUAAAUGUGUAAAAGAAAGGAUUGUGCGUGCUUUUUUGAUCGAGGAACAAAAGAUCGUGUAUAAGGUUAUGAAAGCACAGCAAGCUUCGGCAAAAACGAAAAAAGCAGAGAAGUAAUCCUGUGCAUCUUAUUAAUUAAAUAAAAUAUAAUAAAAUGCAAAACUGCUGUUGCCUACAUUAUUACGGUAUGUUUCGUUUAUUAUAACUUGUAUUUUGACUUUGUCUCUGUGAACAAAUUCCACGACAUUUAUAUAGUAA